AAUGGCAGUUGCAAGAGUGGGAAUAUCUUGGCCGUUCAGUUCAGCAUAGAAGUCUGUUGUCAGAAUUGUGUUAUCCCAGUCCAGACAUUAAACAUGUGGGCAAUGUACGUGUAAUUUUCUCGGAGAAGUUUGAGCUCGGCAAAGGAAGUGAUGAAACCCGUGUUUAUCUUGGACUGGCACAGGAUGGUUACGGUAAAGCAGUGAAACGAAUUCGUAAAGAUAACUGCCUCCAGCCUGCACAGCAUGAAAAGGAAAUUUUAAAUAAAUUCAAUGCAAAAAGUUCGAAAUAUGUUGUGAAUUAUUACUUCUUUGAGGAAGAUACUGGAACAGAAUAUGAUUAUUUGAUCUUAGACUUAUGUGAGGAAUCACUGGAGAAGUUUGUGAAAAUUCUACUGUACAUGAUCUUCAAACAGCUCUUCCCGAUAUUCUUAGACAAAUUUUAAAUGGAUUAGCUGAUCUUCAUAGUGGCCCAGAUCCUAUUCUUCAUCGGAAAUUAAAGCCUUCCAAUGUUCUCCGUGACGUAGACGGCAAAUUUCUGAUAGCUGGCUUUGGCAUUAGUCGAAUAUUGAAGAAUGGAUCUAAAACACACAAAAGCAUGUUUAACAGGGGAACUGAAUUUUGGAUUGCUCCUGAAUCAAUACAUAACGAAGAUUCAAAUAUAGCACGUAUUGAAGAUUUACAUGAAGCACGUUACAAAAAAGAGUCUGAUGUAUAUAAUGCAGGAAUGGUGGCUUAUUAUGUUGCAACAAAAGGGGAACAUCCUUUUGGAACUAAGCCCCACAGACUGAUCGACAUGUUGAAUGGGGAACCUGUUGGCUUGGAUGGAAUCAAGGAUGAAACAUUUAAAGACCUUCUGUCGUGGAUGUUAAAACUACAACCAGAAGAAAGACCAUCUGCCAACGAAGCCUUGAAACAUCCAUUUCUUAUGUCGGAUGACGAGAAAUUUCACUUUUUAUGUAAAAAUGGUGACUUACAUUCGAUUAAAACAAAUGAUCCCCAAUCUAGUUUCGUCCAACAAUUUAGUAUUGAAACUUCAAAUUGGAAAAGUCAAAUGGAUAACGAUGUUUAUGAAUAUUUGGUAAAUGGAAGAGAGUAUAAAUCUUCUUGGGCAGAAUGUUUAAGAUUCAUUGGAAAUAUUGAUCAGCAUUGGAACGAUCUACCACGACCUCUACCACAACCAGAACCAUUUUAUAAGAUUGGCGAUUACAAGGCGUAUUUUCUCCGAACAUUUCCGAAUCUCCUUGUUCGGUUACAUGCAGCUGUCAGGUCAAAUGAGGAAUGGAAAGAAAAUCCAGAACUUAAAGAACUCACAAGUGGUGAUGAUGCUAAUGCUAAAGAUGUCGGAACUUCUCCUUGUGUUGAAAAUACAAAACAAGAAAUCACAAGUGGUGAUGAUGUUAAUGCCGAAGAUGUCGUAAAUUCUCCUGGUGUUAAAGACACAGAACAAGAAAUCACAAGUGGUGAUGAUGCUAAUGCUAAAGAUGUCGGAAGUUCUCCUGGUGUUGAAAAUACAAAACAAGAAUGGCAGCUGCAAGAGUGGAAUAUCUUGGUCCCAGUUCAGCAUGGAAGUCUGUUGUCAAAAUUGUGUUAUCCCAGAGCAGACAUUAAACAUGUGGGCAAUAUACGUGUAAUUUUUUCAGACGAGUUUUGCAUUGGCAAAGGAAGUGAUGUAACCCGUGUUUUUCUUGGACUGGGUAAGGAUGGUUACGGUAAAGCAGUAAAACGAAUACAUCGAGAUAGCUACAUCCAGCUUGCGCUGCACGAAAAGAAAAUUUUAAAUGAAUUCAAUGCAAGAAAGUCGAAAUACGUUGUGAAUUAUUACUUGUUUGAGGAAGAUACCGGAUCAGAAUAUGUUUAUUUGAUCUUAGACUUAUGUGAAGAAUCACUGGACAAGUUUGUGAAGAAUCCUACAAUACAUGUUCUUCAAAAAACUCUUCCCCAAAUUCUUAGACAAAUUUUGAAUGGAUUAGCUGAUCUUCAUAGUGGCCCAGAUCCUAUUCUACAUCGGGAUUUGAAGCCUUCCAAUGUUCUGCGAGACUCAAAAGCAAAUUUUGAUAGCUGA